AUGGGAAGCAUAAAUCCUGAACAGCCAACCUCAGCGACAUUAUGUGCAGUGGUGACCGGAGCUAACAGAGGAAUCGGCCUGGCAAUCACUCGCCAGCUGGCCGAAAAAGGCGUUACAGUUGUUCUAACAUCAAGAAAUGAGAUGCACGGGAUAUCCGCACUUCAAUCCCUUCGACGGGAAUUGAAUUUUUCAAACAUAAUAUUUCACCAGCUCGACGUUCAGGAUCCUGUCAGUGUAGCUAAUUUGGUUGAGUUCAUUGAUAUUCAGUUCGGGAAACUUGAUAUUUUGGUGAAUAAUGCAGGGGCUCCUGGGGCUUCGGUUGAUAUUGAGGGGUUAAAGGGGCUUAAUAUUGAUGCUGAAUCGUGGCUUUCUGGAAAGGCGUCAAAUAUAGUUCAAGGAUUCAUCAGAUGCACAUAUAGUGAUGCCUUGACAUGCUUCGAUACAAAUUAUUACGGGUGCAAAAGAAUGACAGAAGCUUUCCUUCCUCUUCUCAAAUGCUCCACCGAAGGUGCAAGAAUUGUCAAUCUCUCUUCUCUCAGAGGAGAGCUCAAGAGAAUCCCCAAUCAGAAGAUAAGAGACAACUUCGACGACAUUGAGAAUUUGAAUGAAGAAAUUAUAGAAAAUAUGCUGAAAAGAUUCAUGGAUGACAUGAAGGAUGAUAAACUCGAAUCCCGUGGAUGGCCAACAACGGUACCGAUAUAUAGCAUAUCAAAGACGGCACUGAAUGCAUAUACAAGAAUCAUUGCUAAGAGGCAUCCUCAGAUGUAUGUUAAUUGUGUGCACCCAGGAUUUGUUAAGACCGAUUUAAAUUUUAAUAUGGGGAUAAUUGGUACUGAAGAAGGAGCUAAAGGUCCUGUAAUGUUGGCUUUGGUGCCUGCAAAUGGACCUUCAGGGUGUUAUUUUGUUCAGACUACCAUUUCGGAGUACUAG